AUGCAGUUUCUUCCGAUCCUGUUAGUCAAUGUUGUUGUUGUUUUAGCUCAGGUUAUAGAACAGCCGUUCUGCUCGGAUUCCCUGCCGCCGUUUAGCUCAGCUGAGAGGGGCCGCCUUUGUCUGUACAAGGAUUAUGGCUGUUGUACUGACGGCCAGGAUAUGGUACUCUUGGACACGUACAUCAAAUUUUACCGCGAACUAAGGCCGCGCGGACUUGGCUUUGAAUGCAACGGUGUCAUCGUCUCGCUUCUUUGUGAGAACUGCAACCCCUUCGCGGGUACUCUCUUCGAAGUUGGUCACUCACUUCCACUGAUCUGCGGGGAUUCGUGUCAAACGAUUUACAAACGCUGCGCGGCACAAAUUCAGCUGGCGAUAGAACUGACCACUAACAACUCGGUGGCCAUUGCUAGUCUGUCGUCUGUUGCCUCAUUCUGCUCUAUGAUGACGCCCUCUAACCCACGAGCGGGACUGUGCUUCCCACAGUCCCAAACGAUUGCUAGGCAAGUCAGGUCGAAUCCUAACACACAGGAAAGUUCUUGCAUCUGCGUGGAGAAAAUAGCUGAAAACUUCCGGAAUCCUUUGGCCUUCAGACACGCCAAUGAUGGCAGUCAGCGUCACUUCAUCGCUGAACAGAUUGGUGUCGUCCACAUCUUGGGUCCGGAUGGCAAUCGGUUUCCCACGCCUUUCCUGGACAUUUCCAGUCGGGUUUUCGUUUCAAGCAGGCGCGGGGACGAAAGAGGAUUCCUCGGUUUGGAGUUCCAUCCGCGCCACUUUAGAAACGGGAAAUUCUACGUGUUUUAUUGCACCCGCAGAAGUACUGGAGGCUUCAAGACAAGAAUCAGCGAAUUUGAGGUGCUUCUUUUUAACACAGACGUGGCCGACCCAAACAGUGAACGGAUUCUUCUUGAGAUCGACCAGCCAUAUGGCAAUCACAACGGCGGAGAGUUGCUAUUUGGAGAUGAUGGCUACUUGUACAUAUUCUCGGGAGAUGGCGGUGCAGGAGGUGAUCCACAAAACAAUGCCCAGAACAGAAACUCGUUACUUGGCAAGGUUUUGAGAAUAGAUGUCAACAGUCGAGACGGGGACUUACCCUACGGCAUCCCUGCCGACAACCCAUUUCUGAACGAUUCUAAUACCAGACCAGAAAUCUACGCCCUUGGCGUGAGGAAUAUUUGGAGGUGUGGGAAAGACCCUGGGGAUUUCGACACGGGAGAGGGAAAAGGCCGGAUUAUUUGCGGCGACGUGGGUCAAGGGCGGUUUGAAGAGCUUGAUCUUCUGGUAAAGGGAGCUAACUACGGCUGGCGUGGCAGGGAAGGCUUUGAGUGCUUUAACAGACAACAGUGUGGCAGAACACCUCCCGAGGUUCUACCCUUAAUCACGUACGCUAGAGACGAGGGACAGUCGAUUACUGGGGGCCAUUUUUACAGAGGAUGCGAUAGUCCUAAUCUUAAAGGGUAUUACAUCUUCGGUGACUAUCAAUCAGGAAGGCUGUUUAAGAUGAAGGAGGACAGUUCAGGCAAUUGGAAUAGAGAGACUCUUUCUUUCUGUGAUGGGAGCGUUUGCAUGAAGGGACAGCAAUCAUUCGCAGAACGCUUUAUAUUAUCGUUUGGACAAGACCGCGAAGGAGAGGUUUACAUGCUAAGCACGGACGAUCCCCGAUCCUCUCACCCCGGGGGUAAAGUGUACAAGAUCGUGGAUCCUUACAGACGAGGAAAUCCAGACACGUGCCGUGCCGAACCAGGUUCAAUUCCGAGGGUUUCUGCUGGUCGCCCAAACAUCGCGAGUUCGCGUGGAAGAAAUGGAUAA